AUGGCGUCCGCGGGGUCGAACACCAUUAAGGUGGUUGCCCGGUUUCGCCCGCAGAACAAGGUCGAAUUGUCCUCCGGGGGUGAGCCGAUUGUUGAGUUCGAGAAUGAGGAGUCAUGUAACAUCAACUCCAGAGAGGGCACGGGGUCCUUCACCUUCGAUCGAGUGUUCCCCAUGAACACCCUUCAGGGCGAUAUCUUCGACUUCUCGAUCCGGCCCACCGUCGAUGAUAUUCUGAAUGGGUACAACGGUACCGUUUUUGCGUACGGUCAGACCGGUGCCGGAAAGUCGUACACUAUGAUGGGAUCCGAUAUCGACGAUGAUGAGGGGAAGGGUGUCAUUCCGCGUAUUGUCGAGCAAAUCUUCGCCAGCAUCUUGACAAGUCCAAGCAACAUCGAAUAUACAGUGCGCGUCAGCUAUAUGGAAAUCUACAUGGAACGGAUCCGCGAUCUUCUGGUGCCUCACAACGACAACCUCCCCGUUCACGAGGAGAAAUCCCGUGGUGUUUAUGUGAAGGGGUUGCUGGAGGUGUACGUCUCCAGCGUACAGGAGGUCUACGAGGUUAUGCGCCGUGGAGGAACGGCACGAGCGGUGGCGGCGACCAACAUGAACCAAGAAUCGUCUCGUUCACACUCUAUCUUCGUCAUCACAGUCACCCAGAAGAACGUCGAGACUGGGUCUGCCAAAAGCGGCCAACUGUUUCUGGUGGAUUUGGCUGGUAGUGAAAAGGUUGGCAAGACCGGGGCCAGUGGACAGACCCUGGAGGAGGCCAAAAAGAUCAACAAGAGUUUGAGCGCGCUCGGCAUGGUUAUCAACGCUCUGACAGAUGGCAAAUCAAGCCACAUCCCUUACCGCGAUUCCAAAUUGACUCGAAUCCUGCAAGAGUCACUAGGUGGUAAUUCGCGGACAACGCUGAUCAUCAACUGCUCGCCCAGCAGCUACAACGACGCGGAGACGAUUUCGACGCUGCGGUUCGGUGUGCGCGCCAAGGCCAUCAAGAACAAGGCCAAGGUCAACGCGGAGCUGAGUCCGGCCGAACUGAAGCAGCUCCUGCGCAAGGCGCAGGGGCAGAUGACGAAUUUUGAGUCUUACAUCUCAGCGCUGGAGAGCGAGGUGAAUUUGUGGCGUAACGGUGACAGUGUUCCCAAGGACCAAUGGACACCGGCGCGGGGAGCAGACACAGUGAGCGCAGCUAAAAUUGAAGCUCGUGCUCCACGGCCGAGCACACCGUCGCGUCUCCAGGAAACCGCUCGCGUGGAGACCCCGCGUCCUGAUUCCGGGGUCGGGGAUCGCUCUAGCACGCCUAGUCUAGUGUUGGAGAAGGAUGAGCGGGAGGAAUUCCUCCGGCGCGAGAAUGAGCUACAGGACCAGGUCUCGGAAAAAGAGUCGCAUCUUGUGAAUGUGGAACGCAGUCUCCGGGAAGCUCGAGAAGAGCUGAAGAACAUGAAAGAAAACGCUGCGCGAUCUGGCAAGGAUAACGAACGGUUAAACACCGAGGUCAAUGAACUGCGCAUGCACCUAGAGAAGGUUUCAUACGAAAGCAAGGAAGCAGCAAUCACCAUGGAUGGUCUGCGGGAAGCCAACUCUGAGUUGACAGGCGAGCUCGACGAAGUGAAACAGCAGCUUCUGGAUGUUCGUCUGAGGGCAAAGGAGACCACCGCUGCGCUUGACGAAAAAGAGAAGAAGAAGGCGGAGAAGAUGGCCAAGAUGAUGGCUGGGUUCGAUCUGGGUGGCGAUGUGUUCUCGACCAACGAGCGCAAGCUACAGGACGUGAUCCAGCGCGUCGACGCUCUACACAAGGUCAGCGCAGAAGGUGAAACCAUAGCCCCGGAUGACAUCGUGGAGCUUCGCACCAGUCUGCUAGAGACGCAAGGCUUCAUCCGACAGGCGGAGCUAACCAUGAACGAUCGAGGCGAGUUUGGCGAGCUGCAGGACAGCCGCCGUGUGGAAUUGGAGAAGAAACUGGACGAACUUCAGCAGGACUACGAGGGCCUGUUAACCCGUAACUUGGGCGAGGGUGAUGUGGACGAGAUCCGCGAGCGGUUGGAGAAGACCUACAUCACUCGGAAGGACGCCGAAACUGCUGCGGUCGAAGGACUUCGCGCCGAUAUCACUCGGAAGGAUGAGGAGCUCACCAAGUUGCGUCAGUCGCUCGUUGACACCCAGUCCCGCACAUCGACAAACGGUGCCGCUAGCAAGACCUUGCAACAGCAGAUCGCCGAAUUCGAUGCCAUGAAGAAGUCGCUCAUGCGCGACUUGCAGAAUCGCUGCGAGCGUGUGGUCGAACUGGAAAUUUCGCUGGACGACGCUCGCGAACAGUACAACAACGUGCUGCGGUCAUCGAACAACCGCGCUCAGCAGAAGAAAAUGGCUUUCUUAGAGCGCAACCUGGAGCAGCUGACUCACGUGCAGCGCCAGCUUGUGGAACAAAACAGCAGCUUGAAGAAGGAAGUGGCUAUUGCAGAACGCAAGCUGAUUGCUCGGAAUGAGCGCAUCGCUAGCCUGGAGAGCCUGCUUCAAGAAAGCCAGGAGAAACUGACGCAGGCCAACCACCGAUUCGAGGCCCAGCUCACUGCCGUGAAGGAACGCCUAGAAGCCGCCAAGCAAGGCUCCACACGCGGUCUACCUGCCAUGGACGGCAGCGGGAGUUUUAGUUUCGGGGGAUCCCGCAUCGCGAAGCCGCUGCGCGGCGGCGGCUCCGACGGGCCGCCGACGAAUGCGAACGUCGCGGGCGUACAGUCGCAAGAAGCGUCUGGCAAGCGUUCGAGCUGGUUCUUCGACCGCCGAUGA